AGUGCCUUUCUGGGACUCUGCCCUGAACCACGGUAUCAAUGUAUUUGUAGGGGUGAUCUUGUGCUUUACAAUGCUGGGGCUGGGCUGCACGGUGGAGAUCAACCACCUUGCAGAUCACAUCAAGAGACCUAUGGGAGUCCUGCUCGCUGCUAUCUCGCAGUUUGUCAUCAUGCCUCUGAUUGCCUUCCUCUUGGCUCUUAUGUUCUCUCUGAACGAAGUGGCUGCUAUCUCUGUGCUGCUCUGUGGCUGCUGCCCUGGAGGAAACCUCUCCAACAUCAUGUGUCUCCUGGUCAAUGGCGAAAUGAACCUCAGUGUGAUCAUGACUGCCUCCUCCACGCUCCUGGCUCUGCUGCUGAUGCCCGUGUGUCUGUGGCUGUACAGCAGAGCCUGGAUCAACACCCCCGUGGUCGAGCUCUUGCCCUUCGGGGCAAUAUCGCUGACGCUGUGCAGCACCUUAGUGCCCAUAGGUCUGGGAGUCUUCAUCAGAUGCAGGUACAGCAGGGCUGCAGAUCUGCUGCUGAAGGUAUCUCUGUGGUCCUUGAUGGUGACUCUCAUAAUCCUCUUCAUCCUCACUGGCUCCUUACUGGGACCUGACCUUCUGGCCACUAUCCCAGCCUCUGUGUACCUGGUGGCUGUGCUGAUGCCCUUGGCUGGAUUUGCUGCGGGGUAUGGUUUGGCCACCCUCUUCAAACUGCCUCCAAACUGCAAAAGGACAGUUUCAUUAGAAACAGGUUGUCAGAACGUCCAGCUUUGCACCGCCAUUCUCAAACUCGCCUUCCCUCCCCAGAUUAUUGGAGGCCUCUACAUGUUCCCAUUGCUCUAUGCUCUGUUCCAAGCCACUGAAGCUGGCCUCUUUGUUUUGGGAUACAAAAUCUAUAGGAGAGACGUGUUGUACAAACAGGAGCCGCUAAAUGAGGAUGAUGACACAGACAUUUCUUACAAGAAACUGAAGGAGGAAGAGGUUGUCGAUACAGCCUAUGGGGCAAUGAGUGUGAAUGAACCAAAUGCUAUCAUGCUGCAACCCACUGCAAGUCACGCACCAGUCUGAAACCAAAGCUAGAGAGAGGCAACAGCUGCCCAUCACUGACACCAAUAAACUAAUGUACUCAUUCACUAAUAUCCUCCACAUUUCAACGUGCUCUGCU